AUGCCGCGCGGCGUACUCCGCACCGCGAACCUGCCGCAGCUGCAGAACCUCAUCAAGCGUGACCCGGCAGCGUACAAAGAAGAGUUCCUGCAACAAUGGAACCACUAUAACUCCACGCGCCAGAUCUUCCAGAUCAGCCCGGACGAGCAGGCGGGGCAUUUUAGGGAGUUGGUCUCGUUUAUUGCUCAGGUCGCGCAAUGUUAUCCGAAGGAGACGGCCGAGUUUCCGGCGCAUUUGUCGACGCUGUUGUUGGAGCAGUAUGGAUCGCUUUCGCCCGACAUGAGGCAUAUUCUGGUGCAGAACCUCGUGAUGCUCAAAAACAAGGGCGUCAUUACAUCUAUCGAACUUCUCAAAACGCUGUUCCCCCUCCUCCCGCGCACGACGUCCUCCUCGCUGCGUUCCUUCAUCCGCAAAACGAUCCUGACGGACAUCAAAACGGCGAACACGCGCGCGAAGAACCACAAGCUGAACCGGGCGGUGCAGGCGAUGCUGUUCGGGAUGGUCGAGCACGGCAUGGACGGCGUCGUCGCGGGCGACAAGGGCAAGCUCCGGAGCCAGCCGAAGAACACGCCCGAGGGGCUCGCCAGCAGCGGUGACGAGGCCAUGUGGGCUGUUGUUCUCACGAAGGAGCUCUGGAAGAAGGGCAUCUGGGACGACGCGAAGAGCGUGUCGAUCGUCGCGCUCGGGUGCUUUCAUCCGGUCGCGAAGGUCCAGAGCGCGGCGCUGCACUUUUUUCUGGGGAGCGAGGAGGAGGAGGAGGACAGUGAUGAGGAGGAAGACGACUUCGACAAGAAGGGUCUCGAGCACAGGCGCACGAUCAACAAAAAGACGCGCAGUGGCGACAAGAAGAUCCGCAAACAAGUCCAACAGCACAAGAACAAAGUGAAACGCAAAGAAUCCGAACGCACCGCCAACUUCCCCGCCCUCCAGCUGCUCAACGACCCGCAGACGUUCUCCGAAAAGCUCUACGACCUGCUCUCCAAAUACGACGCCCGCUUCUCGCUCGAGCACAAGCUGCUCCUCAUCCAGCUCAUCGCCCGCGUCGCGUCAACCCAUAAACUCGCCGUCCUCGGCUUCUACACCUACAUCCUCAAGUACCUCACGCACCACCAGCUCCGCGCGCCGUCCAUCCUCGCCGCGCUCGCGCAGAGCGUGCACGAUCUGACGCCGCCGGAUGUCCUGGUGCCGGUCGUGCGGAAGCUGGCGCACGAGUUUGUGCAUCCGGGCGUGGGGCCGGAGGUCGUGGCUGCGGGCUUGAACGCGAUUAGGGAGGUGUGCAGGAGGCAGCCGUGGGCGAUGGAGGAGGAUCUGUUGGGCGAUUUGAUAGAGUAUAGGAAGAGCAGGGAUAAGGCUGUCGUCGCUGCCGCAAGGGGUCUGCUGCAGCUGUUCCGGGAGGUCAAUCCGGGGAUGCUCAAGCGCCGCGAGCGGGGUAAGACGGCCGCGAUGGGGCUCGCAGCGGGCGCACAAGCCCAAGCGUUCGGACACUCCCAGCAAGCAGCAGUCGACAUCGACGGCCUCGUCCUGCUCGAAGACCAUCUCGCCGCCGCGCGCGAGGACGGCGACGAGGAUAUGGAAGAAGACGACGAGAAGGCGUGGGCGAACUGGGAGGUUGAGACGGACUCGUCUGAGAGCGACAGUGAGAGCGAGGGGUGGAUCGAGGUGGAGAGCGAUGGGGAGGAGCUGGAUAUUUCUGAUUCGGAUGAGGAGGAGGAUAAGAAGAGGAGGAAGAAGAGGAAGGGCGGGGAGGAGAGUGAUGAGGAGAGUGAGGGCGAGAAGGAGGGCGAGGGUGAGGAAGCGAAGGCGGUGGAGGUUGAGGAGAAGAGGAUAUCGACGCUCGCUACGACCAAGAUCCUCACGCCGGCCGACUUCGCGCUGCUCAACGAGCUCAAACUCCAAGCAGCCGCCAAAGCCGUAGAAGCCGGCGGCGGCUCCACCGCAAAGCGCAAACUCGCCACGCUCGAAGCCGCGAAAAAGGCGAACCUGGACAACAACGCCGCCGCCGUCUACGUCUCCGAGCAAGACAUCCUCGGCCCGCGGAAGCGGCAAAAGGCCGACUACGAAGAGCGGCUGGCCAGUAUCGCCAAGGGGAGGGAAGGAAGAGAGAAGUUCGGGAGUCUGAAGGGGAAGAAAAAGAAGGAGACGCCGAGCUCGAGCACGAAUCGGGAGAAGGCAAGGAAUAAGCCUAUUAUGAUGAUUAUGGGGAGUAAGGGGGUGAAGGGGAAGAGGAAGCAGAGUUUGAGGGAGAAGCAGCAGAGGCUGAGGGCGCAUAUUGAUAAGGCUAAGAAGUCGUAUCAUUAG